UUCAUCAUUAUUGUUUUCGCACCGCUUUGAGUCACAUCGCUUCAUAGGUACGACGUAGAAUAUUUUCUUCUAUAAAAACUUGUCCCCGGUGCUAGGAAGCUGAUCAAUCAGAUGUUUUCCAUCCAGCGAAACGCCACUCGUCUCUAUCCAAGUGGAAUUAGAAUCGCAAAAAUGAGCCAGGUUGGAGAUUUGGGAGCCGGUGCCGGCAAGGGAGGUGGCGGUGGUGGAUCCAUCCGGGAGGCCGGCGGUGCCUUCGGCAAGAUGGAGGCGGCCCACGAGGAGGAAUACUUUUACAAGCAGCAGCGGGAGCAGCUGGCAAAGUUGCAGAAAUCAAAGACUGAAACUGGGGAGGGAAGCAAAGCAGCUCAGGUGGGCGGAGGUGCCAAGAAGUGAAUCUCAAUAAAGAAAGUGGUGGGAAUGUAAAA